GCGUGCGGCCUGGGGGCGGCGGGGAGCCCCGGCCGUGGGGCGUUCGUUGGGGUGGGCGGUCUGCUGCUAAUUCGCUCCCCGGCCGGGCGUGGGGUGUGCGAGUUGCAGGUGGCAGCAGUUGUUGACGAGAUCCUCACGUUUCUGCUUUCCGCCAAAGGAGCUCGAACAGAUGGCGAAGGAGCAAGAUAAAGAGUCGGAGAAACAAGCCCUACUGCGGGAAGUGGAAAACCAUAAGAAACAAAUGCUCAGCAACCAGGCAGCUUGGAGAAAGGCAAAUCUAGCUUGCAAAAUUGCUAUCGACAACUCCGAGAAAGAUCAGCUGCUGCAGGGAAGAGACUCCUUAAGACAAAGGAAGACUACAAAGGAAAGUCUGGCGGAGAGUGCAAGUAACAUCACGGAGAGUCUGAUGGGCAUUAGCAGGAUGAUGUCACAGCAAGUCCAGCAGAGUGAGGAGACUGUGCAGACCCUAGCCAAUUCUUCACGAACCAUCCUGGAAGCAAAUGAAGAAUUUAAAUCCAUGUCUGGGACAAUUCAGCUGGGGCGAAAGCUGAUAACAAAGUACAAUCGCAGGGAACUGACAGACAAGCUGCUCAUCUUUCUCGCCCUUGCCUUAUUCCUGGCCACGGUGCUCUAUAUUUUGAAAAAAAGGCUCUUUCCAUUUUUGUAAAAUUCCAAAGCUGAACUAUUACGAAAGAUCAGAAAGAGAUGGCAUAAUAACAGCAGGACUUUUAAAUAAAUUAAUAAAGGGAUAUUGCAAUAGCUGAAAGAGCAUUAGAGCAGGCAUGACUUUACACUGUCCCCGUGGAGCAUGCGACCUGCCUAAGAAGAGCUAAAAUGAGCACGAGUUGGGAAGAAGCAGGUAGAUCAAGGUAUGGAAAGAAGAAACCCAUUUCCCUGUAGGUUUGUGGAACCAGACAAACAGUUGAGGAACGAGGCACUCAAAGGUGCCGGUCUUAACUUUCAACCUCUCUUUGUUUUGCCUUGAAAUUAACUUUUGUCCUUGGCUUGGACUGGAAGCUGCUUUGACGUCAGUGUGUACGGUGCUGAGAGUAAGAGGAAGGAUGGACGAGAGAAACUCACAUGCAUUCCGUUAAUAAACUAUUUAUUGUAUCCA